AUGUUCUUCAGGACCAUCCAGUUAAGACCCCCCGACCGCCUCCAAACUCAGGGGGCGUUCGACGGCAAGCUGUCGAAGUCCCAGAGCUCCACAAUCUUCGGUCUGACCGCCCUGCUCUCAGCCAAGCUCAUCUACAACGUGCAGAACAAGCUGGACGACAACCUGCUUGGGCACUUCGACUACGUCACCACCUUCGCCCAGAAAGCAUGCAGCCUCAUCGAGCACAACAGCGCGGCGUUCGGGCACCUGCAUUUCCUCGUCCGUGAUUGGCCGCACUACCAGGACGGCGCCACCCCCGAGGAGUGCAGAGAAAAGAUGACCAGCCACCUGGAGGAUCACACCGCGCCGGAGAGACUAAACAACGAUGACUCCAAGCAGAUGGCAGAGCGGUUGAGGGCGAGCUUCAUCACCACUCGCUGCAGCGGCCUGUGCCAUCCAGGCCUCGAUGUCACCUACGAGGAGUACUCGGGUGAGGUGAGCGUGAUCAACCCCAACUUUUUCAAGUUGCUGGACGACUUCACCGACCAACUUCUCAAGGUCGAUUUCCCCCAGCCAUCUGCGCCGAAAGGGACCGAGAUAACCGUUAGCAAUUUCUUCCGGGUCCUCACCAACUACGCAGACGUCUUCCGGGACAGCGCCGACAAGGCCACCAACCUCCGGGACGGGUUUGUCAAGGUGGACUUGAUGUCGGCAAGGGAGGAGUUCUUGAAGGAGUUCGGUAACAGGUUUCGCAGGUUUGCCCCCGACACGGCCGUGGUCGACCCCGAAGCACUCGCCGCCGAGUCGGAGAAGCUUCUGAAGCACUACGAGGACGAGUUCAGAGCGAAGAUGCUCCCCUUCAAGCUGACACUGUCGGAGCAGAACGAGCAGCUGGACAACUUCACAAGCAGCAUGAAAGCGACGGUAAUCAGCAGGACGGUGCAGAACGACAACGAGCUUCAGCUGGCCAACUUCAAGCUGGCCACAUCGCCGGCGGUCGGUGGAGUAGUGUACUUCGCGACCUCCCAUUGGUUAAUUGCUGUUUGCUGUGUGUCGGGUGGGCUCUACAUGCGUCUGAAGAAGAGACAAAAUACUGAGACCAGCAAGCGCGGUGAGGAGGUCUCGUUUUGUGAUGCAAAUGUGAGGGAUGGCAUGUUGAAUGACAUCAGGCAGUUUGGCGAGCAGCGCUAUCGCGACGUGCAGGCAAUUUCCGUUGCGCUCAACAGGUUCAACGCGAGCGAGUUCAUGGGUCAGGUCACGACCGGUGGAAUGUUGAUUAAGCAGGCAGCUGCUGGGGGCCCAGGGCGGCCCAGCGUCGCCAGCGACAGCCUUUCCGCUCCGCUGCUCGGAUAA